AUGGCCUCGAGCAACGAUCAUUCACCGCAAAACAGCGAUGUGGAAGGGACGAAUCCAGAACUAUCCACUAAUUUACCGUCUGAGUUCAGCGCUUCAGCCUUCCAAGCCCUGAUGAUUGAUCAACUGGCCAAGAUUCAGGAACAGAACGAGGGUCUUAAGACACGUAUUGUUCAGUUGGAACAAGAUCAACGGGAAUUCUACAUCGAUACUUGCAAGAAACUGGAAAGGGGUGCUAGAAGCGCGGACAAGAGCGCACAUGAGCUUAAUGCUAUGAAAGAAGUGUUUAAAGAGAUUGUUGGUGUAAUGAGUGGCGAAAGAGUGCGGUUCCUGGAUCAUUCUGGCGAAAAUGUCACAACGCAGGAAGCCGCCAAUAUCAGCGAGUCUCUACUGCUGUCCUCAAACCAUGAGUCUGUUCGACGCAGACAAGAGGCAGUUAUGUAUCGGGACUCUAGAGCUUUAGAUACACUCCAUGUCUUGAAACAGGAAGAUACUGACAUCUGGAGCCGGCUUAAUCAUCCAGAUUUUGCAGCUCCUUCAGCACAGACGGAGAGCUCUGAUUAUGCCGGAGAUCAGAAUGAAAAUAUACAAGAUCGAGCUGCCAAUUACAAGAUGAAUCGACUUCUGAAAACUGUAACAGACGUCGCUAGAGAAUAUUUUGAAGGGUUGCAGGGCCAACCUUCCGUGAUGGCAUUAGAAAGGCGUUUCGGACCCAGUUGGCGGUGCCGGCCCUCGGAACGUUCGUUCUUUGCCAAGCGAAUGCAAAUCAUCAACAGAAUUGUGGAUAUCAAAAAACAUCCCUCUAAAUACAACUUGCCGGAUGGCAUUACCAGAAAAAAAGCUAUACGGGUGGUGGAAAAUAUGCGACUGGGAAACAACUCAUUUCACGGCCAGGCUACGCGAAUGACUUUGAAUCAAUUAUACAUAUAUCUGGCGAAGAAAAUGGAUACGCCUAAUGAUUAUAGCCUGCAAUUACUGGAGUUUGCGCGACCCAGAAGGGAUCUGUUGUUAGAAAAGCGCAACGAAGAUACUCAAAGUACACAACCAGGCAGCUCCUCAAACGACUUAGAAGAAGAGUCAAGAGCUAAUCCGGGCCCAAAUUCAGAAGAAAAUGAUAGUCAGAGCCCGAGACGUGAGGCAUUAGAGAAUGCCGUAACAGGACUAAGGGUUUAA